AUGACAUCUUUUGGCCGGUCUCUAGCAAUGAAUUUCAGCGGCCAGCUGUUUGCUAGGAUUUUGUCUUUUGCCAUCAAUAUGUAUCUAUUACGUGUUGUUGAUAACGAUGUCCUCGGAUUGGUGAAUGUCAGGUUGACACUGCUCUAUAAUACUGUUCUAUUUCUUACUCGGGAGCCCAUGCGAAAGGCAAAUAUCUUGCGUUCAUCUUUGCAGUGUUUUGUCAACACAAUUUGGCUGAGUCCCUUGAUUUGCCUCUCACUCAGCAUUUUUUGUACAUUUUGCUGGUCAGUAUUUUCGUCAAAUCAUGAUAUACCUGCACUUAUUCUCAUAUCGUUUCCUCUUGCCGCUGUUAUCGAAUCACUAGCAGAACCGUUUGCAGUCAUAUCGUUAAGGUUCUCUCUUUCGGGUCACUUUGCAGUUGCUCAGGGUUUACUAGUAUUACUACAGCGUAUCUUUGUUCUCAUAUUAAUCACCACAACUUCGAUGUAUCACCUCGAAAUUUUCGCCUAUGCUCAGAUGCUCUCGUCCACUGCUUAUUUGUUAUUCCAUUAUACUGCAUUUUUCCGGUACUCGCGAAAAUCUAUGGCCGAAUUGUCAUCGUUUGGUAGUUUUCGCAGCUUCUUUCCCCAACUUAGCCACGGUUUUGAUCGCGAAGCACUUUCUGCUGUUGGUGCGUUAUUCACACAUUCGAUAUUGAAGCAGCUGAUGACCGAUGGUAGUGCAUACAUCAUGACAUUUACAGAGUUACUUUCGCUCAAGAGUCAAGCUGUUUACGACGCUGUCGAAAAACUUGGCAGUCUCGUAGCGAGGAUUGUACUGACUCCGUUGGAGGAGAUGUGUUUUGCUUAUUUUUCAAAUGCUAUCAAUAAAAACACAAAAGUGUUUAGUAAAAGCACGGAGUCCUAUGAUUCUAUGUUGGAGAAUUUUUCCAUCACUUUGCAUGUUGCUUCCGUCAUUGGCUUAGUUGUCUCCGUAUUUGGGAUACCGUAUUCUCCCUUAGCUGUUUUCAUUUACGGUGGACAUUUAUUGUACGACAAUGGAGGUGCUUUCUUGCUAUCGUUGUACUGCGUAUACUUGUCAGUGAUGGCUGUUAAUGGGAUUACAGAAUGUUUUGCGAUGGCAAGUAUGAACAAUGCAGAAAUAUUUUCUCAUGGAGGUUUCCUCCUCCUAUCUGCUCCUUUCCAUCUACUACUCAGCUUUGCUCUAUGUUCAUAUUUGAAUGCAUCUGGCUUCAUUUUAGCAAACACUGUAAACAUGUUAUUCCGAAUAGGAUACAGUUGGCGUCAUAUCGGGUACUUCCUUGGUGAGCGUAUUCCAUCUAUAAGCAGUAUACUACCAACCUUCUCAACAAUCGUCUUUUUAUUAUUUGCAUUAAUGGCGACGCUAUUCACACUUUUAAUUUUUGGAUCUACUCCAGGUCUUACUCAUUCGGUUGCACACGUGGCUAUCGGAGGCGUAUUGCUAGUGCUAACAAUUGCUCAUAUAAUUAGACAAAUUUGUCUAUGUAUUCAUAACAUUUAUCCUUUUACCGUUGGUUGUGCAAAGAGCUGCAGGUAG